AUGCGCAUCCCCUACGUGGCUGAGAUCUGCGAAAUCUGGAGAGUUGAAGCGACCGAAAAGCACACUCUGACCGCCUCAGUGCUGUCAUGGGAGCAUGCGCGGAUGGGUCAGGCAACCGAUUCUAUUUGUGUUGCGGGGUAUUCCAGGUGGUGUUAUCCAGUCUAA